AAGAUGCCUUGUUUUGAAUGUUGUUGCCAGAGUUUAAGCCCUACAAAUGACAAUUUGUUUUUGAUUUAACAGUUAAAUAUAUAAAAACACGAUUUCUAAAUUAAUGUAGUUUUUUAAAAGACUACAAAAGGGUUUAUUCUAAAAAUAAUUUAUGAAGUUUAAAAAAUAUAUAUAUAUAUAUUUAAUUUGUUAUGAAAUAUGUAGUAUACUAAAAUGUGUAGGAAAAGACACAAUCUACAAAUUUUAUGUUGAAAUAGAUUUUUCUCUUUAGUUUCUAUAUGUUACAUGGCAAAUCUUAUUCAUUAGCGACAUCUUGUUUCCCUCCCUGCUUUCGCCUGCGAGAUAAACAAAUAAAAAUAUAUAAAAUGCAAAUUGGAACUGAGAGCAUAUUCGCUAGAGAAUUAUCGGUAAAUGUUGAGUGUUUAUAUUUGAAUCCUACUUGUAUCAUUACCCAUUAUACUUAGCACUACUAUUUGUCUCUUGAAUACUAGUUGUUUCUUUUUUCAUGCCUAUAUAAUAAUACCCUUCUAUCAUACACCUCAAUGCUUUUAUACAAUAGUCAUUUUCUGUUUGUAUCUUUGUAUCCUCUCCAUGUUUCUCUUGAAAAUUUCAACCACGGAAACAUUUCUUCAAUUCUUCUGCUGCUUCGUAUUCUUCUUCAUUUAUUUUUAUUUUUUUGUGUAUUUUGAUGCAAUUUAGUUGUUGUAGACUUUUUGUUGUAAUUUUAGUAGAUUUAAGCACAUGUUCACUGAUAUGAUUGGUUUUGUAUGGUUGAUAUAGUGAUAGUGUGCUCUUUUUGAAAAAUUUCUUAGUGAACCUUUCGAUUAUGAGGAAAAAUGUGGCAAAUCUUACGUCUUUAAUUCAUGCAAGUUGCAAAUUUUAAGUUUUUUUCUAGAGUAUACCUUGGGAAGAAACUUAGGAUCAUGACUUAACAUGGUGCAAGUUUUGGUAUUUUUGAUCGAGGUAAGAUGUUUCGUUUCUUUUUGCAUUCUAGGGAGUUUGCACUAGAUUUGACCACCACAUUGUAACUUGUUCAAUAACCUAUUUUAGUUUGAGUCAUUCUUUCUUUUCUCCAUAGUGGUUUGCACAUUAAAGUGAAACAUAUCUAUUUUGAAUACCAGAGUCUUCAAUAAUCAUUACAAUUAAGUCUUUACACUCCAUGUCAUUAUCUAUGACUAAAAGUGACGAGAUAUUGUUGUUUCCACAAAAAAACUCUUACUAUCAUGCUUCUUCAAAUGUCAUUUAGAGAAAUAGCUGAUUGUCUUUCAUAUACAGUUGGGUCAGUAACAAUGAGGCUUGUGUUAAAUAGCUAAUAGUCUUUCAUAUACAUUUGGGUCAGUAACAAUGAUGCUUGUGUUAAAUAAUUGAUAGUCUUUCAUAAGGUUUCGAAAGUUUGUAGUUUCAGCAUGUAAUCUUGUCAAGCUUAUGAUAUAGGUAAACUAUCUCUUGAUGCAAACUGUAUAAUGUAAGCUUUUUAAGGGUUUGUGUAGUGGAAUAGAUAGAACUUAAUUCUCCAAAUAAUUACGUACUCAAUAAUUUUUUUUAAGAAUUCUUAAUUAAGAGAUUAGCAUUGAAGCACAAAAAUGUUGGUGUCACUUAACUAAAUUUUUAACUAACAUUUAUUAUUAAAAAGUCAGUAAGAACCCUUAUGGAAUCGUAGGGUUAAUCAUGGUCUAAGUUAUUUACAAGAUAUUCACUUUCACACACACAAUAGAUAUCCAUCAUAUUCUGGAAACACCAUAAACUUACCAAAAGAAAGAGAAAUAAGAAGUAUAAGUGACCAAACAUCAUUAGUGAGCUAACGCAAAAUCACAAUUUUAUUGUCAAUUCCUCAUUGUAUAUGUUAGUUUAUGAUUGUCUAAGAAAUUUACUAUUGAUUAACUAUUAAAUACAUCAUGAUUAAACUGUAAUAUUCAAAUGUGUGCACAUUAAAAAUACCUUCUUAAAACAUAAGAAAACAAAUGAUAAAUGUGAUUACGAUUUCAACUGAAACUAGUGAGGAUAUAAAUUGUGAACUAUCACCCAAUCAUUCUACAAUCAAAUGAUCGGCUGGUCAUAUUCGUAGUUGUUUGAACUAAUGAUUGAUUCAAGCUUUGAUUUUGAAUGUGGUUGAUCAAAUCUUUGGAUUAACCUAUGGAAGUUUUGGCGUCUGACAUGGUCAAAAUUCCAAAUGAUAUGCCCAAAUCAAAUCUUUGAAUAAGUACAAAAACUUCAUCUCUUGUAGAAAAUACGAUUUCUCAUAUCCAAUAAAAAAACAUAAGAUGUGAAAAAAAUUAAAAUUUAUUUUAAGUUAAUUUAAUAUAAUUUAAUUAAUGAUAUUUGGAAAUAGAAAUAUAAUUUUAAUUUAUCUAUUUAUCUAAUGCAAAAUUUAUUAUUUUGACUCUUAUGUGUAUUUUUAAAAUUACAAGAGUUUUGGUGUUCAUUCAAACUAUUUCUGUAAGAUUAUAUGAUUUAGCAUUAACAAAUAUAUAAUAGAUAAAUAUGUAAAAAUAAUAUGCGUUGAUUUGGUACGAUAGAUAGUUGAGGAUAAUAUGUUGAAAUCAUGUAAAAUUUAGUAUAGUUUUAAUAUUUGUUAAUAUAAUGUAAUUGAAAUAUAAUAUAUUGGAUGAUAGUAAAAAAUCUGUUAAUCUUUAAAUUCAUUAGAUGUCAAAAAAAUAUACCUUUAAAUUCAUUAGACAUUUAACUUUUAAAAAAAAUAAGUGAAAAUUUAAAGUAGAAAUAGUUGUACUUUAUUAUAUGCUUAUAAAAUAGAGAAAUCGUUUGUUUUUUUUUCCUAAAAUGGAUAUAUAUUUGAAGAAUUUUACGAAAAUAUACAGAGUUAGGUUGAUGAAGCUCAACAAAACUCGGCCGUGAGAUAGACUGGUAAAAUGACUAGUACCCGCGAACAUGAAGAAACGACAACCAUUAGCGCUAAACAAGCGCGUAGGCACCAAGUCACCAACGUGUACCUUUUGUAUCCUCAGACUCUCAGAGAAGAACCACAUCACUCCUCAACUCCGCCAAACUCACCACUCUUCUUCCUCACAUCUCUGAAACUCUCCACAAACUAAAACUAUUUUCGAAAAAAAUAAAAAUAAUCAUGGAAGCUAUUUCGAAGGAUCCGUUUGUUCCAGCUGUGAAACCCGACCAGAGAACAACCUCCAUCGGGGAAGCUGCUCACCGUCAUGAAAACGACGACGUAGGAAGCGGUGGAGGUGAGAUUGGAGCCAGGAAGCUAGAUAAGGACUUGAUGUGUCCGAUUUGUAUGGAGAUAAUAAGGGUUGCUUUCCCCACGGCGUGUGGAUCUAGAUAAGGAAGCUGCUCUCCUUGUUCGUUAUAUCAGAUGAGAGAUACAUAUAGUGUGAGUAAUGAAAGAAUGUCGUGAUGAUGAGCUGUUCGCCACUGCUGGUGUUUCUAGAUGUAUAAAGGUUUUUGACUUCUCUUCGGUUGUAAAUGAACCGGCAGAUAUACAGUGUCCAAUUGUGGAGAUGUCAACUCGUUCCAAACUUAGUUUUUGAGUUGGAAUAAGCAUGAGAAAAAUCAUAUAGCAAGCAGUGAUUAUGAAGGAAUAGUUACUGUGUGGGAUGUAACUACUAGACAGGUGAGUACUUUAGUCCUACAAAUCAAGCACCACACCUUUAAAAUAUUCAUUUCAUGAACUGUGCAAUGUAUCCAAAAAUGCAAGUAAACAACUGGUGACAGAGUCUUAUGGAGUGUUGACUUCUAACGAACAGAACCAUCUAUGCUUGUAUCUGGUAGUGAGUCUAGUGACGAUUGUAAGGUUAAAGUUUGGUGCACAAGACAAGAAGAAAGUGUGCUUAAUAUAGAUAUGAAAUCAAACAUAUGUUGCGUCAAGUACAAUCCUGGCUCAGGCAACUUCAUUGCGGUGGGAUCAGCUGAUCAUCAUAUCUACCACUACGAUUUGAGAAACAUAAGCCAACCACUUCAUGUCUUCAGUGGACACAAGAAAGCGGUUUCCUAUGUGAAGUUUUUGUCCAACAACGAGCUCGCUUCAGCAUCUACAGAUAGCACACUACGCUUAUGGGACGUCAAGGACAACUUGCCAGUAAGAUUACUUCCCGAGCUAGUCUUGGCUAAGUUGUUCAAUAUUUACUUCUUCUUUUUUUCUUUUCAGGUUCGGACAUUUAGAGGACACACUAACGAGAAGAACUUUGUGGGUCUAACAGUGAAUAGCGAGUAUCUCGCAUGCGGAAGCGAGACAAACGAAGUAUAUGUGUAUCACAAGGAGAUCACGAGACCUGUGACAUCGCACAGAUUUGGAACACCAGAGAUGGACAAUGCAGAGGAGGAAGUUGGUUCGUAUUUUAUAAGUGCGGUUUGCUGGAAGAGCGAUAGUCCCACGAUGCUGACUGCGAAUAGCCAAGGAACCAUCAAAGUUCUGGUACUCGCUGCUUGAUUGUAAUUAAUAUAUUUUCAACAGAUUUUAAAAAGCUUCUUGAAUCAAUAAAAACGAUAAGGUCACCAUCUAUUGUAUUUAGUGGGAGUAAUAGAGAGAACAAUUUGUCCAAAUUAGGGUUCAUGACUUGGAAAGCAAGUUUGUAUUAUAAUGCUUGACUUGGACCCCCCUCAAGAGAAGAUUUUGUAUCAAACUGUAUAUAGAUAUCUCACGGUUCCUUAAAUCUCUUUUUUUUUUUCUU